AUGCGUCAGAGAGCGUCGGUGCGGAGCCGCGGCUCGUCGUCCACGGCCGGCAGUGAUCCUCGUGAGCGCGUCAAGGACUGCUGCCGCAAGUUCGUGGCUUUCAUGUGCACGCAGGUGGGCGUUGGGGCGCUGAUUGUCGGCUAUGCUCUCGUGGGCGCGGCCGCGUUCAUGUCCAUCGAGACGCAGGAGGUGAAUCCACAGCUGGAGCUGGCAAUGGGACUGCGGCGCAACUGCGCGCAGGAUCUGUGGAUGAUCGUGGAGCAGCACAAUUUGUUCAACAACUCUGUGUGGCGCCGCGAGACCGACGAGGUGUUGACGCGCUUCCAGACGGACUUCGCGAAGCUGGUGCGCAAAGGCUACGACGGCAGGACGCCGGAUGAGGUGUGGACCUUCCCGGCGGCGCUGAUGUUCUGUCUGUCGGUGUUCACGAUGAUCGGGUACGGAAAUAUGGUGCCGCGCACGCAGUGGGGUAAGGGCACGACCGUGAUCUACGCCACGUUCGGCAUCCCGCUGUACAUCCUGUACUUCAUGAGCAUGGGCAAGGUGCUGGCGCAGUGCUUCAAGUGGCUCUACCGCUGGUUCCACGAGUGCAGCCACGAGGGCGGCGCCGAAGGCUCCGUGGAUCCGGAGUCCGGGCUGCCGAAGAAGGUCAUCGUGCCGUCGACGGCCUGCCUGUGGGUCAUCAUCGUCUACGUGGCCACGGGAACGAUCAUGUUCGCCGAGUGGGAGAAGUGGGACUACCUGGACUCGGCGUACUUCUGCGUCACGAGUCUGUGCAAGAUCGGCAUCGGCGACUUCGUGCCGGGCGCCAACAUCCUGGACUCGCAGAGUGGCAAGCAGACGAAGCUGGCCAUCAACUUCGUGUACAUGCUCUUCGGCAUGGGCCUGGUGGCCAUGGCGUACAACCUCAUGCGCGAGGAGGUGCGCGUGAAGAUGAAGGAGAUGAAGGAGGAUCUGCGACUGUGCAUGGAGGACGUGCGGCUGCGGUUCGCCAAGUGCUGUGGUGACAGUGAUAAGGACUCUGAGGACUUCUACUUUGAGUAGGAGCGCAAGGCGCCGAUGGCGGAAAGAUGAUCGCGUGAAUUCCAUUUUAGAUUUAUAAUUAUAUCGCAAUGUGUUUUUAUUUAAUGAUGUU